GAGGAGCUGAGGUCAACAUCGAAUUUGAAAUAUUUAAAGUGGAUACAAAACUGUUUCAGCAAUGCAGACAAUUAAGUGCGUUGUUGUGGGUGAUGGUGCCGUUGGUAAAACAUGUCUCCUGAUAUCCUACACAACAAACAAAUUUCCAUCUGAAUAUGUACCGACUGUUUUUGACAACUAUGCAGCCACAGUUAUGAUUGGUGGAGAGCCAUACACUCUCGGACUUUUCGAUACCGCAGGGCAAGAGGAUUAUGACAGAUUACAACCAGUGAGUUAUCCACAAACAGAUGUAUUUCUAGUCUGUUUUUCAGUGGUAUCUCCAUCCUCAUUUGAAAAUGUGAAAGAAAAGUGGGUACCUGAGAUAACUCACCACUGUCCAAAGACUCCUUUCUUGCUUGUUGGGACCCAAAUUGAUCUCAGAGAUGACCCCUCUACUAUUGAGAAACUUGCCAAGAACAAACAGAAGCCUAUCACUCCGGAGACUGCUGAAAAGCUGGCCCGUGACCUGAAGGCUAUCAAAUAUGUGGAGUGUUCUGCUCUCACACAGAAAGGCCUAAAGAAUGUAUUUGAUGAAGCAAUAUUGGCUGCCCUGGAGCCUCCAGAACCGAAGAAGAGCUGCAGGUGUGUGCUGCUAUGAACAUCUCUCCAGAGCCCUUUCUGCACAACUGGUAUCGGCAUCAUACUAAAAACAAUGUUUAAAUCAAAC